UUUUUCAGAUAUCAGCAGGAUCUGUGCCACCCAGAGUUAGGCUUUUUCACCCUCAGCUCCCUGCAAAGAAACAAGAGUGCUAAUCCUGACAAGGCUCCAGGGGAUUAUAACUCCACGGCUUACCUUGAUGAGUAUACUGAAAUAUUCAAGAUGGUUAGCAACAGUACCAGCAAUGCUGAGACUGACUGCAAUGCUACUGAUGUGACAUUUCAGAACUCCCUCUAUGCAGCCACCUACAUCCUCAUAUUCAUCCCUGGUCUUCUGGCCAACAGUGCAGCCUUGUGGGUUCUGUGCCGCUUCAUCAGCAAGAAAAAUAAAGCCAUCAUUUUCAUGAUCAACCUCUCUGUGGCUGACCUUGCUCAUGUGCUGUCCUUACCCCUCCGGAUUUACUAUUACAUCAGCCACCACUGGCCCUUCCAGAAGGCCCUUUGCCUGCUGUGCUUCUACCUGAAGUAUCUCAACAUGUAUGCCAGCAUUUGUUUCCUGACGUGCAUCAGCCUACAGAGAUGUUUCUUUCUCCUCAAGCCCUUUAGGGCCAGAAACUGGAAGCGUAGGUAUGAUGUGGGCAUCAGUGCUGCCAUCUGGAUCAUCGUGGGAACUGCCUGCUUGCCAUUUCCCUUUCUGAGAAGCACCUACUUAGCCAACAACACUGAGUCCUGUUUUGCUGAUCUUGGUUAUAAGAAAAUGAAUGCAGUGGCUUUGGUUGGAAUGAUUACAGUUGCUGAGCUGGCAGGAUUUGUGGUCCCAGUAGUAAUCAUCGCAUGGUGUACUUGGAAAACUACUAUAUCCUUGAGACAGCCACCAAUGGCUUUCCAAGGAAUCAGUGAGCGGCAGAAAGCACUGCGGAUGGUUUUUAUGUGUGCUGCAGUCUUUUUCAUCUGCUUCACUCCUUAUCAUAUCAACUUUAUUUUUUACACUAUGGUGAAGGAAACCAUCAUUAGUAGUUGUCCCAUUGUCCAAAGCACACUGUAUUUCCACCCUUUCUGUCUAUGCCUUGCAAGUCUCUGCUGUCUUUUGGAUCCAAUUCUUUAUUAUUUCAUGGCCUCAGAGUUUCGUGACCAACUAUCUCGCCAUGGAAGCUCUGUGACCCGUUCCCGUCUUAUGAGCAGGGAGAGUGGUUCAUCAAUGAUUAGCUAAAAAUAAAAUAACUCUUCAAUUAUGACUUUAACUAUGUUUCCUAGCUUCUCCCAAAGGCCAGAAUGACCAGCCAAACAAUUGGCUUAAUGAAAGUUUGAGAACAAUGGAAAUCUUGUGUGAUAGUUGUGGUCAUAGGGAUGUAAUGGGGGUGACAGUGUGUAAGAAGUGUGGGAGAGGUAGGGAAGAUAGAAUUUGCCUGUUUCCUCUUUGAAAUUCAAGAUACUUUCUUAAGAAACUUAGCUCAAGUUUUGACAGAUGUUUUCAAGCAAAUGAAAAUUGGAUUAUUUUACCUUAAACAUUUCUUUAGAAAAUAUAUUGUUAAUAAGAUACAAUAAAUACAUGAAUCUUU